CGCCCCUGAAGGCUGGCGGACCCGGCUCUCCACAGACAGCGGAGCGAGCGCACUGCAUCGAGGCACCUUUCGGGAGGAUCUCUGUGAGGACUGAGCUCCGCCGCGUUACCGGGAGAGGCUUUCGGACGGUUCGGGGCUCCGCGCGGAGACACGCUGACGCGCAAAGUGGAUAAAAAGUUUGGGAAGAAACUGCUCGAGCGCAUUCCCGCGGACUGUGGAUUACUUUACCAAGAGUUUUAGGCCUGACGUCACCAUGCUGACUUUCUUCCUGCUCGUUUUCCUCUCAUCUGGUCUGGUGUUAUCUUCAGACUGCCCAGCAGACUGUGCCUGCCAGGGCCAGGACUCCAUAUUCUGCAUUCAUCGCCGUUCCAGCACAGUGCCCCGUGUCCCCACCACCACCCAAAAUCUCUACAUCUUCCAGAAUGGCAUUGACACUUUGUCCCAAGAUGAUUUCAAAGGCCUGGGCGAGUUGGAGUUACUAGAUCUGAGCCAGAAUGAGCUGGCAGAGAUUCCAGACGGUGUGUUUGAGAUGCUGUCAAAGCUGAAGAACUUAGACCUGUCCUCGAACCACAUUACCCACAUUUCCAAAGGCAGUUUUUCUGGGUUGGUCCAGCUUGAGAGGUUGUAUCUCCAUGCAAACCGCAUUCAGAGCAUCCAUUCGGAAGCUUUUGAAGGUUUGGAGAGGUUACUGGAACUCAAGCUCCAAGGGAACCAGCUCACCUCUCUGCCAUCUCUUGAUUUCCCUAGGCUUCUGCUUCUAGACCUCAGCUACAACAAUAUCCCGGCCCUGGGGCCCUCAGACCUCCAAACUCCCCACCUGGAGGCCCUUAAGGUUGCCUCUCUGGGGCUUACCUCUGUGGAUGAGGAUCUCAUAGCCUCCUUGGGGAAUCUCCAUGAGCUCGACAUCUCCACAAACCAGUUAACUGAAGUACCGCAGGCCCUAAAACAGGACUCCCUGAAGGGGCUGAUCAAGCUCAGCCUGGCUGCCAACCCAUUGGGGGAGCUCAGAGUAGAGGACUUCCAGACACUGACUGGACUUCAAGAUCUGGAUCUUAGUGGACUUAAUCUCCAGGGUUUUCCCCAAAGUUUCUUCCAGACGUUCCCUAGGUUGGGACACCUGACUGCAGCUGAGAACCCAUUUAACUGCUUGUGUCCAUUAGCAUGGUUCCCUGUUUGGCUAAAAGAGAAGGAAGUGAAUCUUGGGAGGCCAGAGGAAACUAGAUGUCACUUUCCUCUAGUUAAUGCUGGGAAGAAGCUUUCAGCACUGGAGCACAAAGAUUUUGGGUGUCCACCCACCACAACAGUGCUGGUUGGCUCCCCAAUUGGAAGUACUCCUGUUCCCCAGAUGCCCACAACAUCUCCAGAAACCACCCAUACCAACGCUAUUCCUCCUCCUCCACCACCCAGUGAGGAAACCGUCUCCUCAAAAACCCCCUACCCUAUUCCACCAGAACCUCCAGUCUCCCCUAGCUCCACCAGCGGGGAAUAUGAACCACACAUCUGCCCACCAAACAUCUGCCUGAAUGGGGGCACUUGUAAUUUUGACCCACUGGGUCAACUCAGCUGUCUGUGUCCUUCAGGAACCUCUGGCCUCUACUGUGAAAAUGUGGAUGAGGUCCCUGAGCCACCAAAACCUUCAGCAACAGAAGUUUCGAUAGUUGCGCCAGUGAUGCCUGCUGAACUCGAUGCCAUCAGCUCACGGCAGGUGACCUCCACAUCUAUCCUUCUGGACCUGCACCGCUUCAUUGAGACCCGGCCACACAUCCGAGGCAUUAGGUUGACCUACCGUAACCUCUCAGGGCCUGACCGCCGCCCCAUUAUCCUGAGUGUACCGGCAUCAUACCCUGAGUACACUUUGCGUGGUUUGAGACCCAACUGUACCUACUCAGUCUGCGCCAGUCCCCUGGGUGAGAGAAUCAACUCUAGGUCCAACAGCUCUGUUGAAACAGGGUCAUGUACAGAGGCUCGCACCACAGGGGUUUCACUGAUAUCCCCAGAGUCCAUGGUGGAGACACAGAGCCCACUGACUUAUACUCUUAUUCCUGCCUUGGCUGCCCUGGCACUGGUGCUUGGGUUGGCCGUGGUGGCUGGGACAAUCAUCUGUGUGCGAAAGAGGAGGCAGGCAAAGGCAGGGAUGGAGCUUGAGCUGGGCCCAGCUGAUCCAGAUCCCAUGGAACUGGAGGGGAUAAAAUCCUGCCUGGAGAAUGGAGGAAAUGGUACACUUCCCCACAAACAGCCUGAGAUUGACCGCUGUCACACUCCUCAGCCCCCUCCAUCCUUGCAGCAAAAUGGGGGUUUGGACUAUGAGGUACCCUUGAUGCAAGGACACUGCCCAUCAAAUAACAAUCUAGCAUCCCUAAAGCCAUCAUAUUUCUAAGAUGCAAUACAAUACAAACACUUGGAAAGAUUCUGCAGAGAGUGGCCUUGCCCACCCUGACUUGUGAGGUCCUGCUACGGCUCACAUAAUGCUUAAAAAUCUAAAUUUCAUUCCAAUUUCAGAUAUCCACAAGUGGAAAACUGGCACUUACCAGUCCUUUGCUGUCCAAUGAUAACAAUACAGACUGGAUCAUCUAUUUUAGAGAUACUGAAUAAUGGAUUUAAGAUUACAGCAUGUUGGAAACGGGCUAACCAUUGUGGGACAAUGAUCAGGAUGUGGUUUAAAGUCAUCUAGCAGAGUUUGAUGAUGGUGAAACCUAACCAAGUGAUUAACCUAAGUGCAAUCGACUUGAAGGGUCUCAGUAGCAGAUUGAAAACAGAAGUGCCUUUUUGCAUUGACACAACUGUAACCGAUGGCUCAUUUGUAAAAAAAAAAAAAAAAGGUCUUUGUUUAUAUAAAAGAAACGUGAAUGAGCUGUAAUCCUGUUGCUGGAUUUGGGAGAUACAGCAUAGAGAACAGUGCCCCAACAUUUGUGCUACAGAACUGGAGGAAUGGACAGUAGUUUGAAUGAAAACAGUGAUGCAGAUGUGUGAUGGCUCAACCACACGUCUCGGUACAAAAUGGGUUCUCGACCUACUCUGACUGGUACGUGGGGAUUAUAAAAAGAACUUGCACUGAAAAGAAUUAUUUCUUUUCCUUUACAUUGUCCCAGUCAAGAACUGCAACAAGACUGAUGGUCACAUAAGGAAACGCAAUAACACAAAACUGAAAAAAUAAAAGCUAGUAAUUGGUUGAUGACUGUCAAAACUUCAUUUUUUUGCUGUUGACAUGAUCUAAUUUGAAACAAACUUGUGGAUUUGGAUUCCUCACUUUCAACAGAUCUACCACAAUUCUCUCCACACAUCCCAAAGCUUUUGGCUCCGUGGGAGAUAAAUUUGCUGUGAAAGAUAAAUGGACUGAAUGAAGAGCCAUUUGGACUUUGCCUGCAUUGUUCUUUGCUGUGACAGGAAGGCUGUUUCGUCUAUCUUAUAUCAUGAUAUUCUGUUUUUGUCAUGUGUUUUUGUACUUUUAUCAUGCUUUUUGCUGUUGAUGUCCAUUCAGUAUUGCUAUUGUUGUGAGUUAAAAUAUUAUUAAUUGUGCUCCUUUGAAAAAACCUGCUUAAGUUGUUAUGGAGUCUAUAAUUUUAGAUUUGUAUUUUAGGCUACAACUCUCCAGAGCUAUUUGCAAUGAGUGCUAAAGUGAACACCAGCGUACAUUCUUGAAACCAGCACUAAAAGCACCCAACAGUAAUCAAAUAUCUACUAAAAAGUUUUAACUUCAAAAUUAAGUCAGUUGUCAGCACAGAGUGUUUUUGUAUGAGGUUCACCAGAAUGUGUCUGAAUAACUCACCAAGUGAAUGUAACUAAGUGUCAGACACUUCAUUCUCGGUGCCAGGUCUGCCAACACUACACAAGGAUAAGCCACAGACUGUUUUUGACCGCCAAAGCUCUCAAAGCUGUGUUCAAAGGCCCUCUGCCACAAAGCCCACUCCUAUAAAGCAGCACACGCGUGCCGAGAAAAGAAAGUUCAAAGAGUUUGAAGGCAAUUUGCGAGUGUCAGUGACUUUUAGGCACUAGUUUCCUCUUGGAGCUGCUGACUGCAUCAUUUCUCAGAUAUGGUCUAGACGCUGUCCCCCUGUAGACUUGUGUUCUCUGGCAUCCUCUCGCUGGCUCUCUGUGCCUCCACUCUAACCAUCCCGUGUGUUCUGGUCAACAAGGAUUAUUGGCCUGGAGAUUGGUUUGCUUGUUUACGGCCAACCAGACUGUGAAAUGUACAGGCUAAAUGCCCGUUCUGAUGUGUUUGUUCUCUUUUUCCGGUCUGGAGCUGAGGUUGUCACAAGCUUUUAGUGUUACUUUUAAUGGCUUUUCCUUUCGCGAGAAAGAAUCUUAAAUUGCAAGGUAUAAGUAGGUUUACAGAGACGUGCCUUAGCUACAUUGGUUUAGAGCCUUAUUGGCAUCUUGUAGUGUCAUGUUACAUGCUCAAGAACAAAGGGGGCUUUAUUUUGCCUCUCAAGACAAUGCCUUAGAUCACAUUACAAACAAAAAAAUAUCGAAAAUCAAAUGUAAUGUAGUAAUUUUAGUCAGGUUUUAAGAAAGCCCUUCCUCAGAUAUUGGUUAUCUAACAGCCAAAAAGCUAUCAGCUAGUUUGUUCAGGUGUGUGUGUGGGUGUGUGUGUGUGUGUGUAUGUGUGCCUGUGCUUUAUUUUAUUUUAUUUUUUAGCUUCCACUUCUACAGUGCGCUUGUUUGCUUUAUCGCUCAGUUAAUGCACUACACUCCAGCCACUGUCCAAAAUCAACUCACCAUUCUUUGGCUUCACUACUUUCUUCAUUCUGUCAAUAUUCCAGUAUAAACACAGACACAGAUGCUCACAUACAGGAUCUGCUUUCUCUCAGUAUAUCAAAUGGAAGAGUCUCUGUGUUGCUUUGGACAGUGCGAGGGGCAGGAAAUGUUUGAAAUGUUUUCAACAUGCUUGUUACAGAACCUUCCCUGUUUAUUUCGGGAAACUUUUUUCUUAUUGUUGUGUGUUUGUCGGUUUUGUCAAUUUUUGUGUACGUGCCAGAAAAGCAAUGCUGAGAAAAAGUAUUAAAAAGACUCAAUGUUAAAAUGUCUGAUUUUGUGUCUCAUGAAGAAUAGCGCUGGCUUCGAGGUUUAAGUGACUUUUAUAUGGUUUUAUAGUGGUGCAGUAAUGUGCUCUGCAGUGAGGGCUGUAGAAGUUUUCCUUUUCCUUGUGGAUUUGAGGAAUUUGAGCCCAUUUGAGGCUGUUAGUCAAUGUUACUGACUCGCGUGUUGUCAUAGAGCAAAGUUAAACACAAGAACUGAGGGAGGAUUUCCAGUAACAACAGAGGCUGAUUACACAAAGCCUGUAUCUCUCAGUACGUCAUUACGCUGGUCCACACCAACCUCAACAGCAUGAUUACUUUGUGACGUUAUGUUGGUUUGUGGACGGACGCCAAUUUCUCUAUUUUCUGCUAAUAGCCAAAACAGAUGCCAGUGGAAAAUAUUAGAAAACAACACACAGUUUCUAAGUAACUGACGUUUCAUGGCUCUGCUGCUUUUAACUACUGGCCAUUUUCUUGCUGAUUCAGCAUUUUACCCACAGAAAACUGCACUGAAAACAACGCAAUUGGAUAAAGUGAAAACAUAUCUUAAGGAAUACAAACUUCAAUUUGUAGGAUAAUAACUUCUCUUCCGAGCCCCCGAUAAGUCUCUACUACCAUGUGAAUGUUUAGAUAAUAAUUCAGGCAUACAUUUUUAAAUAAUAAUAAUAAAAAAACAUCUUUCUGACAGAUAGACCUGCCGUAGAAGAAUAAUUAUUUAAUGGGCCUUUUGAUUUGUCAAAGCGGGAAGAGCACAGGUGUCAUUAGUUGCAAUAAUUAUGGCUAAAUGCUGUUGAUGUGCCAGUAAACCAUGACAGUGAGUCAGCAUGUAAAAAUGCCAGGGCUCUGGAACAACACACCUGAAUGGCAUGCAGUCAUUAUGUUAUUAUGUUUGUUACACAAGAUGUACGUCAUACGCUACGUUCCAGUACCCAUGCUACCAUACUGUUUAGUAUCAAAUCAAAUGCAGCGUCAAAUGCAACAUGCCAAAAAUACCAGGAUGUUGACUGCAUCUGGUCGACUUGUGCAGUUUGCAAGCAAGGAUGCUUUUCUAGCUAUCCUGACCUCUGUGCAGUGGAAGAUUCACAUUUGUACAAAGUCCUGGCACCAGUUCCAAAUUGUAUGCUUUUUCUUUUUACUUCAAGCCACAAUGUUAUGACAAAGUAGUAUGUCCCAGUGGUGUGCACACUGCAAGCAACAGUACAUACUUUU